ACACCAAUAAUAUUUCAAAGAUUAGCAGCAGAAUCAAAUUUCAAUCAAUCUGACCAACAGUUCCCUCACUGAGGAAUCGGGUUGUGGGUCGGAGAGCAAGGGUGGAGGAACUUCAGCAUAAGUUUGGGGUGAAAUGUAUCUCUGUUCCUCCUCAGUGUGACACAGACUUUUCCUGGUGUUGACUCUCCCACACGGGGACGUUCUCCUGUUCCCCACGAAACUACAGCUAACUGAGAUGAUUCAUGACAGCAGCAUGGGAGGAUGACUUAGACCUUUUGUGAGAAAACCUUCAAAUCACCUUGGGAAAUAAGUUCAAUGAAAUUCUUCUUUGUGCCCCACCGAAAGAGAAUAUUCUGAAAUAUUUUCCAUCUUCCACUCUGGUGUUGCGCCACCAAUUCCAAACUUAACAUAAACAAGGUUAGUAAACAUACAAGACCUACAAUUGACGUAAUUGCUUUCUCCAUCUCUGAGGAAAUCACAUGCUGUGGGUGCAGCAUCUCGUCUUCUGCAGACGUACAGUGGUUGAUGUGCACACGUGCACACCAACCACUGUUCCUGUACAGCAUGCUUUCCGUUUCUCUUCAGGAAGCUUUACUUUCUUCGCCCCUUCAUCUGCCUUCUUUAUGCAAAUGAGCUGCAUCAAGUGUCUGCUUUCCAACCCGAUGGAAAAACACGUUUUACUGUAAAUGUCAUCUGUAUAACUGUGGGGUUCAGUCUUUCUUAAAACACUUUCAGUCGGAGAUUAGACAGAGUUCAAAAACUACCAGGAGUAUUUGAAUCUAGGUUGAAAUGACACUAGGACCAAACCACACUCUGGGCUUUUCAAGGACAGGGUUUAAAAGGAACUGCUGCAUGUAUAGACGGGAGAAAGCCAGGACUGGCAAUUUCUGCUACCCUAUACAGCCAACCCCCAAAAAUCUGAAGUAUACAAACUCCCCAUGCUUAAGGAAUAAUCUCAAGUUUUGUUCCAAGGAUCAACCUAAAAUGGAGCAAAGGGAGCCAGCGGGGGAUCAUUUCGCUGAAGGCGCCGAGGGGAGUCUCAAACAGUUGGCAUCAAAGUGGUUCAUCGAGACCCAAGUGCCGCUUAUUGUCAAUAAUGGCCUUUUCCCAUCUUGGUUCCUGGGCUUCAUUUCCAGACAAGAAUCCGAGGAAAUUCUCAGAGAAAAAGAGCUGGGAUCUUUCUUGAUACGUCUCAGUGAUAAAACUAUUGGAUACAUACUGUCAUAUAAAGGUCAAGAUCGAUGUCGGCACUUUGUGAUCAGCCAAAGGGAGACUGGACAUUUUGCAGUGUGUGGAGACACGGAGGAACAUUACAGCAUACCUGAACUACUUGAAUACUAUAAAACGAGCCCCAUUGAGCCUUUUGGCGAAUAUCUGACUUCCUCGUGCUUUGAGGUCCUCAAUGAGGAGUUGUAUGAUAUCAUUCAGGUCAGUCCAAAGCAAAACAGAAUUUUCGCUGUAAAGGUGAAGAAGGCACAACGUGACUUGGCUGCAGAGACUCAACCAACCCGUCCACCAAAGAGCAACAGAACUCAAGAGGAAGUGCCACCUUUGCCGCUGAGGACCAGGCAUGUCGACAGCAGUACCACCAGCGACCAUAACGGGAUUCUUUAUGCUCAGCUCAGGAAGCAAACCCCCAGAGAUGCAAACGGAUCCCAACAACUUUCUCUGAACAUUUUACCUCAUGCCAACUCCAGAAAAUCUGGGAGUGCUACUUCUGUGGAACAGAGCAGUUCUUCUUUGAACCCAGGAUCGCUUUACUCCGAGCUCAGUCUGCUGGAUACCAAGAGCAAGUCUCUGCCUCAGCUGGUGAGCAGCUCUGAUAGGGAGCAGUCACACAGACUGACUGCCCCUCCUCAAACCCCUCCAAGACUUUCUCCCAAACUAAUCAGGCAGGCUGGCAGUUGCUCCCCGCAGCCCAGCAGGACAGAAGACGGACCAAAAAACAGUAGCAGCAACCCGGACUGCACAAGUGACACGGUCAUUUAUCACCUGGUCGGUAGACCCGAAAACCGAAGUCCAACAACGUCUCACUACAGAACUACAACACCAGAGCUGGACGAUAAAAAUGUGUACGCGGAGGUGACCAGUGAAGUUCCCGACAACACCUAUGAGUCUCUUCCAGGCCACACAGAGCCAGUUAAACCUGAGCACAACACCUAUGUGCCUGUGGAGGACAAAAGACGCAAACAAAACUACAAUUCCUGGGGAACAAAGAAUGACAAAUGGAAAUGGUUCUUCACAGACGGAAAAAAGAAACAUUGAAGACAUCCCCUUGCAGGCUAACAUGGAAAAUGUUUACUCACUCGACACUACCGUAGAAAUCACUAAUUUACAGCUUCAUUUUCAGUCUCACAGAAGAAUCUCUGCAAUUUUGCUUGAAAUGUAUGUAUUUAAAAUUAAGGAAACCACUGAUUGAAUCCAUGAAAAACAGUCAUAUUUAAUAAACUCUUUACUUGUUAAAAA